AUGGCUCCCUCCCACGAACCUGUUGCCAGAACUGCCUCUCCCUACACCGAUCCCAAAGUUCAAGGCCCUCGAGCUCAGAUUCUCUCCUCUGGUACUCAGUCAGAUCUUCGCAAAAUGCUCGUCAACACCGUUAACAAAACCGGCCUCCACCCUAGUGGUGUGCAGCCACACCGUGAACACACCGAACUUGAGGAGGAAUUGCACGAGAAGGCACACAUUGACUACGAUCGCGUUGCAAUUAUUCCCAACCCUUCAGUUGCCGCUCUCUACGAAGAUGCUCUCGUCUACGAGCCCGGCUCUGCCAUCUCGUCUUCCGGUGCCCUGACUGCCUACUCAGGCAAGAAGACCGGUCGUUCGCCCCUGGACAAGCGAAUUGUGCAGGAGCCCGGCUCAGAAAAGGACAUCUGGUGGGGCCCAGUCAACAAGCCCAUGAGCACAGACGUCUGGAAAAUCAACCGCGAGCGCGCUGUCGACUACCUCAACACCAGAAGCCGCAUUUACGUUGUUGAUGGGUUCGCAGGAUGGGACGAGAAGUACAGGAUCCGCGUGCGGGUCGUCUGUGCCCGCGCCUACCAUGCUCUCUUCAUGCGCAACAUGCUCAUCCGCCCUUCGCGUGAGGAGCUGGAGAACUUCCACCCCGACUACACAAUCUACAACGCCGGAUCCUUCCCGGCAAACCGAUACACCGAGGGUAUGACUUCUGGAACCUCCGUUGCCAUCAACUUCGCCGAGAAGGAGAUGGUCAUCCUCGGCACCGAGUACGCCGGCGAGAUGAAGAAGGGUAUCUUCACCGUUCUCUUCUACGAGAUGCCCAUUAAGCACAACGUCCUGACGCUGCACUCGUCCGCCAAUGAGGGCAAGAAGGGCGAUGUUACCCUCUUCUUCGGCCUGUCUGGCACUGGCAAGACCACUCUCUCUGCCGACCCCAAUCGGGCCCUGAUUGGCGACGACGAGCACUGCUGGAGCGAGAACGGUGUUUUCAACAUCGAGGGCGGCUGCUACGCCAAGUGUAUUGGACUUUCGGCAGAGAAGGAGCCUGAUAUCUAUGGUGCCAUCAAGUUCGGCUCUGUUCUCGAGAACGUUGUCUUCGACCCAGAUACCAGACUGGUCGACUACGAUGACUCCACUCUGACGGAGAACACUCGUUGUGCUUACCCCAUCGAGUACAUCGAGAACGCCAAGAUCCCGUGCCUGUCGCCAAGCCACCCGAGCAACAUCAUUCUGCUCACCUGCGACGCGCGUGGUGUGCUGCCACCAAUCUCCAAGUUGAACAGGGACCAGAUUAUGUUCCACUUCAUCUCCGGUUACACUUCCAAGAUGGCUGGGACUGAGGACGGUGUCACCGAGCCACAAGCCACCUUCUCGUCCUGCUUUGCCCAGCCCUUCCUGGCUCUGCACCCCAUGCGCUACGCCAAGAUGCUGGCAGACAAGAUCGAGCACCACAACGCCAACGCUUGGCUGCUCAACACCGGCUGGGUUGGCGCUGGUGCCCUCCAGGGUGGCAAGCGUUGCCCUCUGAAGUACACCCGUGCCAUCCUCGAUGCCAUCCACUCUGGCGAGCUCGCGAAGGUUGAGUAUGAGAACUACGACAUUUUCAACCUUCAGGUGCCCAAGACCUGCCCCAACGUCCCGUCGGAGCUGCUCAACCCAGCGAAGGCAUGGACCGCCGGUGGAGACAGCUUCACGCAGGAGGUUACCAAGCUCGGCAAGCUCUUCAACGAGAACUUCAAGAAGUACGAGUCUGAGGCUACCGAGGAUGUCAUCAAGGCCGGACCUGUGGUCUAA